CGUCAAGAAGUUAUUUUCGCCAGAGCCUAUGCAGUUGCAGGGAGGCCGGCACCUACAUUAUUAUUUUCACUGUUAGAGAUGAACAGUGUUUAUCAUGCAAGAAUGUGAAGAAGUGUUCGUCUUGCUGGGUGACGAGGGCAGAGUUUCGCGCCACUUCAGGUCAAUUUGGCUGCUGGACAAUCUUUACCAACCUGUGUCAACUGAAGAGAGAACUACAGACGAUGGCUCUUUCACUAUACUCUCUGCCACACGAGCUGCCGGCGGCAAAACACUUCCCAGUGCCAAUGCUCCGGAUGGUGGUAAAACAGCGCAGGAUGCGGCAGAUGGAGACAGCCAGUCGUUGCUGCAUAUCGGACCCAACACGCAGGUUACCUUCUUCUCACCGCGAUAUUGCCUCGUCUUCAUGCUUGACGUGAGCCCGUCAAUGCUGACGGUGGAUACUUUGUCUGGGCGUGUUCUGUUCGAUGAGCUCUUUCUCAGUGUGGCGCAAUGUCUACGGAAGUUGUCACAACCUUUCAAGGCGCCAGGUAGCAAGCGCAGUCUUGAGCCGGAUCUCUACAUCUCGGUGCUGGCGGCUCAAACCGUGGCCAAACACCAGCCUGUUCAGUCAAUAUUACUCCAAGGUACAAGGCUGACACGGUGGAACGUAGAAACAGUCAUUGAUCGCCUUGAGGAGAAGCUGCUGGACCUUGAGAAUUUAUUGGCAGAGCAUGCAGCCCAGGCCAGCAGUACAGCACACGGAGAAGAUCCCUGUGAUUCGGAGUAUGGCCUGGUGGCUAUGCUGAGGAGUGGACAUGUGGGAUUGCAGCUCUUACCUGACGGUGCUGCAGACAGUCUUAUCCUGGUGACGGAUACAGUGUGUGGCAUGUCGGAUGGUGCAGCCACUGAAGUUCUGAUGACACAGCUUCGCAAUUUUGACAUCACGUUCUCUUGCUUUCAACUGGGAAGCAAAUUUCAUGCCGGAUGCAGUUUUGGGUUUGUUCCGAACAAGCCUCUUCUGCAGUUCAUUCCCCUUGCUACAUCUGGAGCCUACCUGGCCAAUGUGGAGCAGAAGCAGCAGUUUGAGUGGAACGAGAAAAACGGCGAGCUCAACUUCUACCAGCGCUGCUUGCUAGGUUGGCGUUGCCAGUACAACUCUGAAGACUGGCAACACCAUUAUUCAGCUGUCAAUGUUCCCCAAAGUAACCGGUUUUGGUCCGAUCUGCCGCUUGUUCCGACCAGUCGGCGGCGCUAUGGUGAAUGUGAUGUCAGAGCAUCUUUGAUCAAUGUUGUUGGCACCAGAAUCCGCCAAGGCUAUCAGUUGGCGAACAUUGUCAUUCGAAAACGCAACGAGGGAAGUAGUCGUUUGGAGGUGCGUCUUUUGUUACCGUGGAAGGACCGCGCUAGCAUAUCAUAUGAAGCCAGCGCUGACUAUCCCUUGAUCACCGCCAACACGCACGUGGAUAUCUACAUCGAGGGCAUCUACGACAUUGUGCGUGAUGUCUGCAAUGCCGGUAACAUCCGCGCGUCCACCGUCAACCCUCACAGGAUGGUGGUGGUGCGUCGCUUUUUACAGCACAUCAAGAGUCUGCAGAAAGCUGACCAGCUCCUCGUCCACCUGCUCUCCUUCAACAACUCUCCCAGUACGUAUGCACUGACAGCGCGCAUCAAGAGCGGCUCGUCUGUCUUCUACCUCCCGCCAAACUCAGAGAAACCCAUCCCAUCGUCAAGCACGGGCAGUGCUGGUCGUACGUCUUCUGGUCAGGGUCGUCAUGCCAGGGCUGGUCCUAUGCAGCCGUUCACAUCCUUUUGGCAGCCUGUCCUGUCACUGGACACGGGGGUUUGGCAUUGCUGGUUCCAUGUGCAGCGCAUCACGGCACAGCUGCUUCACGACUCGCCGCUCUCACGGUACCUGCACCUUCACAAUGCCGUCGGUCGCUACGGUACCGUUCUGUGUCGCCAGGCGGCCGGUCAGGUCAUCACCAUGCUGCGAGAGUGGAGCUCUUUUGUCCUGCUAGAAAUGCACUCCUAUGUGCGAUUCAUAGAAUCUGACGGUGAGAACGCCGCUCCCAAGUCGUUCUGUCUGGUCAGGAUUGCGCCGAAAAAUCCCUUCUUCGUACUGAGGUUGGCCUUCCUGGUGGGAACUCCUCCGAAAACCCAGCACGAGAUGGUGCGUGACCUGAAGGAACGUAUGAGCAAGCUGAGCCUGUCCGUGCGGCAGCCUCGCCCUCGCAGUCCAGUCUUGCGGCGGCAAUCUUCCAUCACCAACACACCACGGCGCCCAUCCAGGAGUGCGCACGUAACCGCGUCCAUCCCGUGCGCCAGGCUUCUCAACAAGAACUAUGAGAAGAUCCUUAUGCGCUAUGAGAUGAUACCAUCUAACAUUGUGUCCGCGACGAGCAGCGAUUGCUUGUUCCUGUUCAGUGCGGCAGGAACAUCUGAUGCGGCGGCACCAGUGACAGGGGUGAACAUCCCGCACGGAUUGGGGCCUCACAUGAACACGCCGAUGGCCAAGACAGCUGCGGUCGCACCCACGACGGUGGCGGCCGUGGGCGGCAGUAGUGGCAGCGGUGGCUUCACGUGGAGUCGCAGUAACCUGGCGUGUCACCUGUUCCAGCAGCGCUGGGUCUGGUGCAUGGAACAGCCGUCGAGCAGCAGCGUGUCUGGAAUUCUGGCUACUCUUGUCGAGUUGCGUCUCCAGCAGGGAUUCUCGUUUGCCCUGUCUCACUCCAUCACUGGCAUCAUCUCCAUGACCUGCCAACUAAUGGUUGAGGUUACGGCUUGCCAGGAUGAAUCUCGUAGAGACCGACAACCCAAUGCAACCAAUGCGAGCAGUGCUCAAGUAGAUGCUAAGAAAGACACCACGAACACCAGGUCUGCUGGCUUUGACAAAGCAGCAGCAGCAGCCCAGUCUGUCAAGCUACCGUGCCUGCUGCAGUAUGUUCUCUUUCCACCACUGAACCACCACGGCGUGCCUGCAGCGGCGGUCAAUGGAGUUGACAUGCUCUCUCCGAGCACUGCCGUCGGUAGCGGACCUCUGUGCCUGACCGAUGCUGCCACUGUUGACAAUGGCAUUACUACUGCGGCGGCUGCUGCCGUUGCAGCCUCGGCAGCUGAACAGCCGAGCACAGCGGGCGAUGUGUCUAGUCAGGAUGGUGCGUCCACCGCGCAAGGCCUUCGGAUUGUCUCCGAGCUGUGGAUUGAGCCCCAAGAAGGUCGUCUCUGUGACUUGCCCAGGGGUCUGAGGUCCUUGAAAGGCCUAUCGUAUGAGAAUAUCAGUGACCAGCUGAUCCGCGACGAUCUGAACGUAGUGUCGGCAUUGUGCUCGUACGAGCAGUUACUUUUGAUGUGCGAGUUCCCGGACAAGGUGUCGUGUCCCGAGUCUGCCAGCCCGGCAGAGGUACUGGCCCGCAUAGCAGACAGCAAACCCAUCGCUCAUCUACCCAGCCUGUUUGACUUGCCACUGCUAAUUGGCCGUGGUCACAUUGUGCAAGUCAAUCUCUCUGGCAUGGAGCAGUCGACCGUGCACGGCCACCUGUCAUCGCUUGGAAGUCUACUUUUCUCGCUUUUCUUCAGCAAGCUGGCAGCAUUUAACGACCGCCGCAUACCUUUGUCAGCCACCACGUCGGCAGAAGUGGUCGCAAAGCUGCUUCGACUUUCUAAGGAGGAGUGUGAAGCUGCAGCGGGAAACCUCGCCUGUAAUCUGUGCUGCUUCAUCAAGUCGCGCGUCGGCUCCUGUCUUCAUUUGACCAUUCUACCGGCGUCACUUGCGGAUGCACAGCGCCUUCACCAGUUGCAACGGUACCACACCGGAGUGAAGCGUGCAGGUUCUGCCUCCAUCAACGUGUCCUGCAUACCGGUGUUUGUAGUGGAGUGCUCUCUAUCGGUUCUGCAAUUGACCAAAACAGACAAGAACUACCAGCCAGUGUGCCUGGACUUCACGUUUCCCAAACUGGACACGCUCUGCAAUGAUGUGCAGCGAAAGCCAGGCUGGCUGAUCAGCGCUGUGGUUCGCGGUUGGCAGGAGAGCAGUGGCGUCCUGCUGACGCUGUACAAGGAGCUCUCCAUGGUGUGCAUGGCAAUGCAGGAGCUGUACAUGACCGCUUAUCUGCAGACCGUGUUUGCUAGUCUGCAGCGCGGCGCGGCCGUUUCCAGGCGUGACGUGGCCUGGGCGAUGGGCCUGUGCGACCAGUCGGUCAACGUUCCCGUCGACGUGUCCACGUUCCUGAGCGCCUGCUGCUCUCACUGCCGAGUGGCCAGCAGCUCCAAGGGCAAGGGCAACCGGGCCGCUGAGUCGCCGUUUGUACACAAGGUGUCGGCGCUGCCACACGUCUCUUCCUUGCCGGGCACGUUCUCUGCCGUCAUGCCUGCCGCCAGCAGCCGCCUGGACCGGCUGACGCAGCGCAGCAUGGAGCAUGCACUGUUGCCAUCUACUUCCUCCAUGCCCACGACCAGUGACUGGAGUCAGGAGAGCGAUACUGGGACAUCGGAUACGGAUCGAUCUGCUGCUGCCACUGCUGCCGCUCCCAGUAUCUGCCAAGUACAUCAGGCGGGGAUACAAGAGCAGUUCAAAAGUGACCUUGCUGCCAAUUUCACCAGCAUCUCUUCAAGUCCCAAUUACUUCUUUUUCUCAACAUCUGACCGCGCAUCAACUUCCUCCAAGUCGAAGCGUCGGCGCAGUAGCCGGCUGAAGAAAGAAUUCCAUGUCGACGGCGGCGCUGCUGAUGUGGAAUCGGCGUCGUCUGGCAAUGUGCUUGACGAUGACGACGAUAAUGAAGAUGGCGAUGGGAGUGUUGUUCGGGAUGACAGAGGUGUAAGAGCAUCGUCAUCUGCUGUGCCCGGUGCCUUGGCCUCUACCAGAGCUGAUAGUAAGUUUGAUGAUCACCGUUCACCAACGGCCGCAAAAAGGCCGACCGACCUGACGGAAGUUAAGUCCACAGACCUGAACACCAGUCAGCAGUUACGCGACAUGCGCUGGACAAUCGCUGGCUCACCGACGGCUCCCAACUCUGGCAGCAGUCGAAAGCACCGAGCUCGCUACCGUCAAAGCACUAUGUGUGCUGAUGCUGCAGACGCUUCCUCCUCUGACUCCUCAGACAAUGAGGAGAACAAACGUGCGGUUUCAGUUAUUGGUAAUCGAAGCUCCAGCGUGAAUGUGCCCAGCAGUAAAGUUAUUUCAAGCUCACCGUUCUUUUCCUCAUUUCCAUACAGUAGUGUAGGCAGCAGUGGUGUGGAGAAAAGUCUUGCGGAUAACGGCGCCAACGAGUGCUCCGGCGAUGAACUGAACGACGACAACCUGAGACCUCUGUUCCUGUCUCUCUACUGUUGUGUUAGCACACUGAAUCCCAGCAGCAGCAGCAGCAUCAAUAGCAGUAAUACCGGUGCUGGUACUGCUGUUAGCGGGGCUGCCUCUGCAUCUGGUGCUGCUGGUGUGGCUGGUGCUGGUGGUACGGGUUCCGUCGCUCCUCCUGGGGGCGCUAAUGCCGGCAGCAGUUCACUCUCCGUGCCAAGCGGUGGCAGUGCUGCGGGGGCAGCGACGGGGGACACUGGAACCGAAUGCUCGUCUGUAUCGUUUCAAGUCAGCAGUCUUCCAACAUGCUUUGAGGAUAUCAUCCGUGACUGGGUAGAGCAUCGUGCUAGAGCAGGCGGUCAGGAUCACGAUGGAGCAACAACAACUACGACAUCAACACCUCUGCCGCUACAGCGUAACAUGUCGUUUGGCGUCAGCCUGGACCUGUUCUGCCAGUUCAGCUCCCUGUUGGAUGACACGGCGUCCGUGGGUUCCGGCGGUCUCCUGAACAGUCUGGUCUGCUCCGCAAGGCAGGAGGAUACGAACGCUCUAGACUCGGCUGUGCACCCCGGCGGCCCCACGUCACCCACACCGCCACUGGAUGCUGAUGAUGUGACAUCCGCGGAGGCCUUCAUCUACUCGCCACGUGUGCCACCACUGCCCAGUAGUGCUUUUGGUCGCUCUCCAUCACACUUGAGAUCGUCCAACAUCGAGGCAUUGCCACCUGAGCAGAGUGCGGCCAUUGAGGCAACGAAAGAGAAAGUGGAAUGGCUGCUACACGAUGAGAUAGUCUCAGCAGCCCAUCGCAGUGAACCACUGCUAGCCGGUACACUGGAGAUGGCUGUUCGGCAUGUGGUCAACUCACGUGGCAGGCAGAUAUCCAGUUGUCGUGAGUGGAAUGUGCCACUGCGUUUUGUUGGCAACACUACUGAGAGCCUAUCUCGCUUCAUAAAAGAGUUUGAGAAGCUGCCGGUGCCGGGCUAUGGGCUGCGCAAACUGGACGACUUCUACUAUCUGAAGCCGUCCGGCGAAGAUGGCGACGGCCUCCGCACUAGAGCCGGCUCUCUCACCAGCAACGACUCCAGACUGGCUAGGCCGGUGCACGCAACGGAAGACAACAGCAGCGGCAGCAGACAGCGGCGCCAGCAGAGCACCAACCGCACGCGCGCCAGCAGUACAUCUCCCGUGCGCGAGCUGAGCGAGUCCAGCUCGGCGCUGGCCAACAGUCAGAGCAGCGUGUUCAGUGCUGCUGCAGACGGUUCCGUUUCCUCUACAUCAGCUGCUCUCUCCACGGCUCUUUCGGCUCUGAGUGCUCCCGUUUCUUCCUCAGCAUCGCACCCCACGUCUCCGAGCAGACAGAUUUCACAGCCUGAUUCAUCACUGUCACCAUCAUCUGGUUCAAGGCAAGCGGGGGACAAACGCUCCAGCUACCAGGCGCAGACCAGUCGAGCAUCCGGAUCCAGCUCCAUGACGGGGUCCCCACGGGGCAGCCCGUCCAAGCACCUGCCGUCACUGGCGCUUCACAAGGGAGCUGCUGUGCCACUCGCUUCGCCAUUCUUUCGCCGGAUGGAGCAACAGGACACGGCGGACAGCAUAUCUCUAGACAACGUCAGUGUAACAACAGACGGUUAUGGCUACCUGCCGGAUGACAUCACCACUGGCAUGUCAGAUUCGGAUGCCGAUGCCGACGCUGAGAUUUCCCCGCUGGUCGCACCCCAGCGACAACAGCGACGUGAUCCGAAACGACGUGCAUCGGUAUCGUCCAAUCGGCAGAAUCGUCUGCUGUCCACGUCGCGACGAGAUGAGAGGGACGCCGACUACAUUCCCGAGUUCUGGCUCAUCCUGCGAGUUUACGAGAACCGUUUGGGAUUCUACCAUCAGUACAGGAACUCUGAGAGCUUGAGUAGUAAGUCCUUUGAGCAACUCCGUCAGAUCUGCGAUCUUACUUCGGACUUUGUCCGCGAGAGCGAGAAGGUUGUGAACCAGUGGUUACUUCUCCUGCAGAUGUUUGAAACGAAGCAAGCCAAUCCUCUUCUCGUGCCGGAAGACUUCAUGCCGUCCGUGACAGGCUGGCAGGCCACACAACAGCAGACCAGUGAUGAUCGUGACUCGGAAGGUGGCAAUGGCAGUGAUCGCUCGUCUGCCAUAAGUCGCACCGGGAGAAACAUGCGUCCCGGCCUGUUUGAAUGUCCGUUGCAGCACACGCUGCACGUUCCCAUUCACCCGCGCCUGUCCUCGUCCCCUGGCCAGUCAUCAUCUUCAUCACCGGCCUUGCAGAUUGUGCAUGCUGCGCUAGCCUACUUUUCGGUCACCAACCGGGAGAAGCUGUACGUGUACCGAGAGCACACCGAGGGCAGCGACUCCGGCAUCUUCUAUCUCUGCGUGUUUGAGUCUCUGUGUGGCGUGGAGGGAUUAAGUAAAGCACCCAGCUGGACCAGUCUAAACAGCAGCAAUGUCACGUGGCCAUCACGCUCCUCAACUUCCACUCCAGCACCUGGCUUUUCAUCAGCAGGAAUAGUGCAGGAUGUGGCUGAUGACUAUGGCAGUGUAGGCAGAGGUCCAUCGCGACUCCACGCCACCUCUAUCUCCAAUCUACAGCAAAUGGAACAGAGGCAGAGUGUGAUGGUUCAUGUGCACGGUAUACAAGAGCCAGGUCCUGAUAUCAAGGAGGAGCUCUUGACCAUGUUGAAGAAACGGCUAGAAGAAGCAACGCUGAAGGGCAUCACGGACAUGCUGCAUCGCAACAUACACAGCACUAUCUAUCCUCCAGAUGUGAUGUUCCUGCAGCCCGUGGGUCAGCCACCGCACAAGUUCUGUCGCUUUGUCCUACCGCCGCUGCCCUGCCAGCACCGGCAUUCGUUCAUGUACUACUUGAGACAACACCUGCUACAGUUCAUGAUCAUUCCCAAAUAUGCCGAAAGCGACGCCUCCUGUCAUCUUCUUCCGUUCUGCAGACCCGCUCGCCCCGUGGUGGACCUGUUGAAUGCCGGCGAAGACUUUGUGUUGCUGUUCAACUCGCGCUGGGCAGUCGGACUUGGUUGUGUUGCUCUGGUGCUACUGUUGGGUUCGGGUGCAACAUUCAACAUGGCCGACUCUGAGCCAAAGUGCACUUGUCCACCCGGUUACCAGCUACCUGGUGACCUGACACCUAUGCUGGAAGUCACACCAGUCGUGGCCUCCGUACCAGCGAAUGUAGACUGUAUUGACAUCAGUAUAUGGGAGCAUGGUACCAUUGGCAUGGACACACUAGUGGAGCGCGUGCACCAGUCCAUCAAGUUUGCUCUGGCUGACUUUGUCAUGGAGCACUUCAUCAUGCCGCACCCGCUGGCCACCCUCCCUGGUCACAUACAGCAGCUAGUGGAGAGUUCAUUGGCUACUGCAGUCCCUCAGCCACACACACUAAGGCCCGACGCACCUGAGGUGCCUGCAACUGCCUCUUCGUUACGAAGCGAGGACGGGGCCUCUCCCCUCACCUCCUCGGCCAACAGCAGCAUGGUAAUCAUACCAAGCUCAGAGCUAUUGGAGAUGUCCACUGGCGAGGAUCUACCAGAGCCCGCUCCUGGUCCUGACCAAAGCUCGGCAACACACAACCACUCCCUGUCAGACGAGCAGCUGCGUCUGCUGGCCGACAGCCAGCUGGAGCUGAGCAAUCCGCGCCUCAGCACCCUUACGCCCGGCAGUGGUACUGAUUCGUUCACGCUGGAUGACCGAACAUCUGGCAGCGUGAUGUCUGGUGUUGACCUGCGCAAUGUAGCCGAGGCACUGACCAGCCCCGGUGGCAGAGUGCACACGGAAAGGAUCAGUUUCUUCUCGGCAGCACAGUGGCAUGGCAAGGCGGAGCGCGGCCAGUGCGGUAACCUGCACCCGGCCUACAGCCAGCACUUUUUGAAGCUGGUGCGGCUUGGCCACAACCUCUCGUCCAACUCGUUCUUCAGCACUUCAUUUGACCUGCCGGUGCGCAACCUGCCCGCAAGCGCCCUGCAAGAUCUAAUACGAGUCGUGGACGAGUCCGGAGCAGGCGUGGCCAGUGUCAUGUUCCACGAGAUCAACACGGCUUCUGAUCAGUCAGACGACGUUUUGUUCGACACUGCACCGCAUUCGUACUUUGUCCCGUAUAAUCCAGCCCGAGUAGCCAUGAGGCAAUCAAGCAAUGAGCCAGACACCAGCUGUGUGGAGAUGAGCAGCGUCACGCGCAUGCCACCUCCUCCCUCUUCCUACCUGCUGAUCGCGCACAACCAUGACCAGUGGCGCUGGUGGAGACUACGCAGCCGCCUGUCGUCGUCACCAGAUGCAGCUGCUGCAGUGCCUGACACGGCUGCUGGAAUGUCUGACACGGCUGCUGGAGGGAAUAAGGAACCCGGUGAGAAAGAUCCAGCAGGUCAGAACUUCAAGUCAUUUAGCAACGAACGGUCAUACCAGGCUGCUGACAGUGUGGCCCAGGUCGGUGCUGGCAUUGUGUUGCCACGACAACAGCUUAUCAUGCUUGCCAUCUGUGGGAAGAAGAUUGAGCUCUACUCGUACAAUGCGUCACAAGAUGUGAUUACUCGUCUCAAGAGAAAACUGGAGCACAUUGCCGUGUGGCACGAGCUGCGUACCUCAUUCCUCAACUCCUUGCUUACCCAGAAAAUGGGCUUGUUCCGGCAUGCCACACUGGAAAGCAUCACAUCGACUGGACGUGAGUCUUUUGGACUGCAAGGUCACUUCAUUGACAUGGAGCUGGUGGUGAAGGAGACGGCGGCACCGUCACGUGACCACGUGCGUCAGCAGCAGUCUCGGUGGCAGCGGUCACUCAACUCCGGUGCUGCUGGCCACUUGCAGAACUAUGAACUGCUCUACUACGGUACGACCGAGCCGUCGUCUACAACCAUGGACAAGAAACCGUUUGCUACGGAGACGGACCCCGUCAAGCGGCAUGGCCUACAAGCUCAGGAAAGAUUUAGUGUGCAGCGUCGAGCUUCUGCAAGGCAAAUAAAACUGUCUGAUCUGUUUGAAGCUUGGCAACGACGACAAACAGUCCAUGCUCCUGUGAACGAGGACCUCCUGGAGUCCAUGAAGAGAGCGUGCAGACUUUAUCACUAUUGUGCUUCACCCCUGCUAUUUCAUGAGCAGAGCCGCAAGUCUCUGCUGCACUCUCUGCAGCCACGGCCAAGGCCAGAUGUGGGCGAUGAAGACAAGCGGGAAAGCAGAGCCGAGGCUGACUCUGCUUCACUGAAAGCUGCUGCAUCAGCCAAGGCCGCAAGCACAUCACUGAGUCCUAAGCACGACUCUGCAUACGGCAAGGCGCCAGUCCCUCCUGUGUGGCUGCAGACUCUACACACGGCUCUGACUGACAGUUACGUUGAGUACCUGGAGGCACCUCCGCUGUCGUUCACGCGGAUCAUUGUCAAGACGCGCACCACACAUGGUGCAGAGGGACUAAGGCGGAAAAGCAAAGCAGAAGGGCCUCCAGGAAGUUAUGGACAUUCAAGAAGUUCAUCUAUUGUCCAACGUGUCCCGUCUCCACUGCGCUCUGCUGCAUCGUCACCAUCGCCAUCAUCUCUUGGUGAACCAAGGACGAUCUGCUUGCAAAAGACAACAGCGGGUGGCAUCAUUAUGAUCGAGCUGUGCUGCAAGACUGGACACUUUGUUGUCAAGCUCUAUGCUCUGGAGGGAAGUAUCAUCCAGCCACAGCUCACAUCGAAUGAACAGCUGUCCACUCUGUUCAUGCAAGAGUGCUCGCGGAUGAAGGACUUCAUACACGUCCACUCGUUCACCUAUGACAUACACUUGCGCCUGGCAAUGCAACUGCUCAAGGAGGAGACGUCCAUUCUGCCGCGGGAAUACGACGUCGUGGACAUGCUUGGUGAUUUCAUAGCGCUGCGCAAGCAGCCAACCUUCUGUCAGAACAGGAUAAUGCAAGAUGAAAUCAAUGUUCCAGUCCCGUCCACGGCCACGCCAGAACAGCUGUUCACCUACAUGCUAGCGCACGCACCCACCUUCCGCAUGGACGUACUCGAACAGCCCGAGCAGGUCACUAGCUCGCUGCCAGGCUGUGGCGGCACUCAGAUCGUUAAUGAAGACCGCAUUCGAACAUCUUUGCUUGUGGUUGACGAAUGCUUUCUGCCAGAAAAUGAAAUCGACUUAGAGUCUGGCAAGAGAAUGCCUGAUUUCCACCGGUGCCUUUUAGUCAUGCUUCCACAGGCGGAAGCGGAUGUACAGCAUAUCAGUGUGGAGGCAUUCAGUGGCUCAGGUGGGUAUGACAUGACACUCAAGUUCUACCUGCUCCUGACCAGUGUCAAGCAUCCUUUCCCCAUGCUCAGAAGGGCAACAAACAUUGCGCCAUCGCAGUGGUCUGCUGCCAGUCGUAUACCGGGAGAUGAUAGCCCGGACGUGUCGGACUUGACCUUCCGCCGCACGGUGCAGGAGCAGUGGAGGCAGAUGGGCUAUGCAUCGCACGUCUCCACGGAACCGCCGUCAUCGUCGUCGCAGAGCGAGAGCUCGGAAAGCCGUCUGACCGACAUGGACAUCUUCAUGGACAGCCAAAUGAAACUGCUGGGUGGACGGCUGAAGAAUGUCGUGAGCCGUGCUUCGGAGCACUGUCGCCGUGACACGCUGUGGAAGCGCAUGCUCUACGGCCAGUCGGACUUGUUGCCUCGGCGAACUGGCCGUAUGAGCACCGAGUCUACAGAUGUCAAGUGGGAGGCAACCGUCUCAGCUGGUCUGUCGGCAGAGGAAAUGGAAGAGCUAAUUCCCAAAGUAACCUGUAUAUCGCUAGUUGAAGUCGAUGCAGCUUUGGCACCAUUGUUUCUCGUCAACGGCUCUGGUAUAAGUCAAUUACUAGCGGUACUCAAGCAACACUAUGGUGAUUACUUGCGUACAUACAAGUCAGCAAAUGGAGCAAUCACCCACGCUGUAAUCUUGAACUCUGAAUGGCAGGAUAUGGUUAUCUUGUUGACGUUGAAGGCUAGUUUUCCUUCCAUUGCAAGCCAUGCGGUGUACCGGCGUGCGCGCACCAUGGCCCCGCCGCCGACCAUCGAAGCGCUGGACGGUGAGCAGGGCGACGCCGAUCACGUUCACAUCCAGAGUGUCAUCAACACGCUGGCCUUCUGCUCCUGGUCUGAUCUGUUCAACCCUUGAGAGACAACGAGAGCGAACGGUGGAGUAUCCUACCCAGUGCAUGCGAUCCACUAAUGUCUACUACUCUACACUGCAUUUUUGCUGCUGCAGCCUACAGUGCAGACUGGCUGGCUGCGGUGUGCUGCACCCCAUGCAGGUGAUCCACUAAUGUCUACUUCUCUACAAUGCAUUGCUGUUGCAGCCUACAGUGCAGACUGGCUGUGGUGUGCUGCACCCGGUGCAUGUGACCCACAAAUGCCUUCUAACUAAUCAAUUAGUAAAAUUACUCUAUAAUGCAUUGCUGCUGCAGCCUACAGUGCAGACUGGCUGACUGCGGUGUGCUGCUGCCUUGAACCAGCGCUUUGAGCUUCUUCUCUUUUUUUUAACGUCUUGCUGACUGACAUACAACAGAUCUGACCAAAUCAACACUACAUGCCGUUAUACUGCAAAAAAUUAUUUCACGAAAAUAGAAAGAUUUUACACGGUGGGGAAACGUAUGGCUGACUGCUGUCUACUAGUUCUACUCAUAAUAUAACAAGAUCCUAACGAUUGCCAUAGUCCAAGAAUCAUUGUCUAACCGCUGCUCAUCACGAUGUCAUCGCUAUCACUCUUGUGCUGCUGUACGCUAUUGCUCUACCGACCUAUUUUCUUCUGUGCGUCCGAAUCACUUGCUCUGCCUCGGCAACACAUUUUAGAAGUAGUUCACGAAACAGUAUGACACAAACACUUGCACGUACACAUACACAUCAUCAUCAAUAUCAUUGUAUGUCUGUGUCGUUCCCGGGGCUGGCCCGUGUCUCUUGUUCUCGUGGUAUCGAUUCUAUAGCAGUUUCUGAUUCCAACUUCAUCUUUUUUCCCUUCAUUUUGUACUCGUAUCAUACUGGGCUGGCCCGUAUCAUUUUGACUUCCUCUCCCUAGUUCAAAUAGGGUAUUUUACUAUUUUGUUUGUCUGUUUUUACUAUCCUUUUCUAUCAACUAACGUACACUUUACGAAAAGUGAA